AGAACAAGGUCCUGAUCCUGACAGUAUGUGCAGCUGGGAUUGGAGGCACUUUCCAAUAUGGUUACAACAUCUCCAUCAUCAACGCUCCAACUUCAUACAUCCAGACUUUCAUGAAUGAAACCUGGCUGAAGCGCACGGGCGUUCCCCUCCAGAGCAACGUGAUACUGCUGCUGUGGUCUUUCACUGUCUCUGCGUACCCUCUGGGAGGACUUGCUGGGGCUCUUGUUGCUGGUCCCAUGGCCAUCAUGCUGGGAAGGAAGAUGUCCCUGCUGCUGAACAACGUCUUUGUGAUCACAGCUGCAGUUCUGUCAGGAUUCAGCCGAAUGGCCAAAUCCUUUGAAAUGAUUAUGCUCGGCAGAUUUUUUACUGGCGUGAAUGCAGGUGUAAGCAUGAACGUUCAGCCCAUGUAUCUGGCAGAAAGUGCCCCAAAGAAACUCAGAGGAGUGGUGGCCUUGACCUCUGCAUCAUUUACAGCCCUGGGGUUGGUGCUGGGGCAGAUUGUUGGACUCAGGGAGAUGCUAGGAAGGGAGGAGAGCUGGCCCUUUCUUUUAGCUAGCAAUGUGGUGCCUGCCCUGAUCCAGCUCAUGGCUCUGCCUUGGUUCCCUGAAAGUCCCAGAUACCUCUUGAUUGACCGUGGAGAUGAAGAAUCCUGCAUCUCUGCACUGCAGAAGCUCAGAGGCAGCAGCGACCUGAGUGCAGAGUUGGAAGAGAUGCUGGCUGAACGGGCUGCAGCUAAAGGUCAGAGAGCAAAGAAACCCUGGGAGCUCUUCCAAACUCCAUCUUUGAGGUGGCAGCUGCUGAGCAUCGCUGUGCUGAGCAGCGCCAUGCAGCUCUGCGGGAAUGAUUCGAUGUAUUUCUAUGCGGCUUAUGUGUUCCAAGAGGCCGGAAUUCCUCAAGACACAAUCCCGUAUGUUGUAAUCGGCACAGGGAUCUGUGAACUGAUCACAGCUGUCACUUGUAAUGUGAUUAUAGAUUACGCUGGUCGGAGGCCGCUGCUCCUGGGGGGAUAUAUCUUCAUGGCAGGAUGGGCCAUUGUCUUCAUGGUUGCUCUGAGCCAGCAGACUCAGAUUAGCUGGAUGCCUUACCUCAGCAUGGCCUGCAUUUUCGCCUAUAUCCUGAGCUUUGGAAUCGGACCAGCUGGUGUAACAGGAGUUCUGCCCACAGAGGUUUUUGACCAAAUGUCCCGGCCAGCUGCUUACAUGAUUUGUGGCUCUCUGCUGUGGUUCAACCUGUUUCUGGUUGGAACGGCCUUUCCAUUCAUUGUGAAAAGCCUAGAACAUUUCUGCUACGUCCCAUUCCUUGUUGUCUGCGUCUGCACUGCACUGUAUGUGGGGUUUUUCCUUCCUGAGACAAAGGGAAAGUCCUUCCUGGAAAUCUCAGAAGAGUUCAAGAAAAGGAAUUUCAAAGCACAGACUCGUGAGGUGUUUUAUAAAGGCCCUGAAGAGAUCAAAUCCACCAUGUUAUAA